CAACUUCCGCUUCCGGUGUGAGAGGUUACGGUCCCGGCUGAAGAUGGCGGCCCCCGACGAGUUGUUUUGCUGGGAAGGAGACUGGGGUCUACCGUCCGUCAGCACCGACUGUCUGGUGGUUCUGGCCUACGCUCAGUUUGCAGGAGCUCCUCUCAAACUCAGAAAGAUGUCGAACCCCUGGAGGAGUCCCAGCGGAUCACUUCCUACUCUGAGGACCAAUCAGAAAGAGACUCUGUCCAGGCCCUCUGACAUCAUCAUCCACCUCAGAAAACAGAAAUACAAUGCAGACUACGAUCUGUCGGCCAAGGAGGGAGCUGACAGUCUGGCCUUCAUCUCUCUGCUGGAGGAGAAACUCAAACCUGCUCUGAUCUACACGUUCUGGAUCGAGCCGAAGAACUACGUGGAUGUGACUCGCCGCUGGUACGCAGAGCACAUGCCUUUCCCUCUGAACUUCUUCCUGCCGGGGCGGAUGCAACGUAGUCAGCUGGAAAAACUGCGACUGUUGCGCGGAGACGAGAGCCUGGAGGCCGGAGAGGAGCUGGAGAAGGAGUUGUACCGUGAUGCUGCAGAGUGCAUGAACCUGCUCUCCCAACGACUCGGCUCACACAAGUUCUUCUUUGGGGACUCGCCCUCGUCUCUUGACGCCUAUGUGUUCGGUCACUUGGCGCCCAUCCUGAAGUCCAAACUGCCCAACGGGAAACUGCAGCAGCAUCUGAAGUCUCUGGACAACCUGUGCAACUUCUGCAGCAACAUCCUGCUGCUCUACUUCCCCCGAGACGGCAGAGAGAGCUACAGUCAGAAAACGUCCUCUACGACACAUUCUGAAGGCGGAGACUUUGAUAAUGUCCCCAACAAGCGCAGGAAGCAGCUGCUGUCAGCUCUGGUGGCUCUGGGCGCCAUGCUGAGCUACGCUCUGCUGACUGGCAUUGUGUCCAUCCAACACAUCCAGCAGGAGGCGCUGGAGGAGCCGCCCGACCUGCAACCUAUGGGAUCUCACGACGAGGACGAGGGAGACGGCUGAGGAGAUGCAGCGUCCAAACAGAGGCAUCAUGGGACUUAAUGGACGGAAGUAAAUGUUAAAGGAAGUAAUUAGUCGUAUCUCACCCUGAAGAGUUUUACUGUCACCAAAGAAAAGUGUCGGUAUUAUUAAAAAAAAAUAAGAGUCACCAACACGUCAAGGAGCCUUUCAGUGGACAGGAAGUGGACGUUGGUGGUUUAUGUACAGAAAUUAAUUAAAAGAUAAUUCUCUGGA